AUGCGCCUUCAAGAGCCCUCCGGUACUGGAACUCCAUUUACCGAGAGCGCGAAUGCAUUUUUGCACGAAGCACCUAGUGAGAUCCCCGAUAAUGCCACAGGCGAUGUGCCCAAGCGAAUGGCCAUCAUCGGCAUGUCCUGCCGCCUCCCAGGCGACGUUUCCACGGCCGAAGAGUUCUGGGACCUGUGUUCUCGAGGACGGAGUGCUUGGUCGCCAAUCCCGAGAAACCGAUUCAACGCCGAGUCCUUCUAUCACCCUGAUCCAGAUCGACCAGGUUCCUUCAACCCAGUAGGAGCUCACUUCCUGAAAGAAGACGUUGGCCUAUUCGAUGCGCCGUUUUUCAACAUUACACUCCAAGAGGCGAGAUCAAUGGAUCCGCAACAGCGUAUUUUCCUCGAAUGUGUGUAUGAAGCGCUCGAGAACGCUGGAAUUCCGAGUCACGAGAUCAGUGGCCAAAAAGUGGGAGUCUUCGCAGGCGCCUCAUACCCAGACUACGAAAUCAACAACACUAGAGAUAUCACAGCUAUCCCCAUGUAUGCUGCCACUGGAACAGCCAUGGCAUUGCAGGCGAAUCGGAUUUCGUAUUAUUUUGACUUGAACGGGCCUAGUGUUACGGUCGACACAGCUUGCUCUUCCAGCUUAUCUGCUCUGCAUCUGGCUUCUCAGAGUAUCCGGAACGGUGAAUGUUCCAUGGCCAUUGUGGGAGGAUGUCACCUCAAUAUAACCCCCGAGGCUUUCAUCUCAAUGACACGUUCUAGACUACUUUCCGACACUGGUCGCUCAUAUGCAUUUGAUCACCGCGGUACUGGCUUUGGCCGAGGUGAAGGUGCUGGAUGUAUUAUAUUGAAGUCUCUUGAGGAUGCGGAGGCUGCUGGAGAUGCUAUCCGAUCUGUAAUUAUCAACAGUGGUCUCAACCAGGAUGGACGGACCAGAGGUAUUGCAAUGCCAAAUGGCAAGGCACAGGAAGCACUGAUUCGUCAAGUCUAUAAAGAGGCACGCAUUGACCCGUCCUUGACAGGAUUUGUGGAGGCUCACGGUACGGGAACCAAAGUUGGUGAUCCCCUCGAAGCCACUGCAUUGAAUGCCGUUUUUGGCAAAGGACGCACUCCGCGUCAACCGUUGCUUGUUGGGUCUGUAAAAUCGAACAUUGGUCAUACAGAAGGAACCAGCGGCGUUGUUUCUGUGAUCAAAACCACCCUGGCACUUGAGCGAGGCUUCGUACCCCCAAACUGCAAUUUCGAGAAGGCAAAUGAUGAGAUACCGAUGGAAGACUGGAAUAUGAAGGUUCCCAAGAAGCUCAUGCCUUGGCCCCGUGGCAAACCAUACGCAAGUGUGAACAACUUCGGCUUCGGCGGGACCAAUGCCCAUGUUAUCCUACAGCGUGGUCCCCGGCACGAAGGCGACCUUGCGGCGAACAACGAUCCUCUCAAGCGAAAGUUGUAUGUUGUCUCUGCGUACGAUAAACAGGCUGCUCUUCAGCUUGGGAAAUCAAUCGGAGCAUACCUCGACCUUUUCCCGGUUGUUUUCAAAGAUAGCACUUUGGAUAAUAUGGCCUAUACACUGGGACAGCGACGAACAUUCCUGCCAUGGAGGUUGGCAUGCUCUGCAAUCCUUGGACAGGAGCUGAAUGCAUCUCUAUCUAACGACGCAGUGCCUGUUCGUUCUUCCAAAGAGCCUACUGUCGGCUUUGUCUUCACUGGACAAGGUGCGCAAUGGCACGGUAUGGGCAAAGAACUUCUGGGCACCUACCCGGUUUUCAAGAAGACUAUGCAGGAUGUUGACGCUUGCUUGAAAUCAUUCGGUGCUACGUUCUCAAUUAUAGAUGAAUUGCUUUUGACUGACCCCAGCGCGAGCUCUAUUUCUGCCGCAUACAUGAGCCAGCCGGCUUGUACUGCGGUCCAGCUAGCGUUGGUUGACCUGCUCUCAUCCUGGGGUAUUCGCCCCAAGGCAGUGGUCGGCCAUUCUAGCGGAGAGAUUGCAGCAGCUUACGCGGCUGGCAUUCUGAAUCUCGAAGAAUGUGUUCGUGUGGCGUACUCUCGUGGUGUCGCGGCAAACUUGGUUGCAAAUGACAAGUCUAUCAAGGGAGGAAUGUUAGCGGUUGGAGCCAGCGCCUCAGACAUCCAGCAAAUCUUGGAUGCUAUGCGAGGGAACCAGGCUGUCAUUGCCUGUGUGAACAGUGAGUCCAGCGUGACUUUGUCUGGAGACGCGGAGGUCAUCGACGAUCUGCAGACUGCCUUGGACAAAGAAGGGAUCUUCACCCGGAGAUUGCAGGUCGAGGUUGCUUACCACUCUCAUCAUAUGAAGAUUGUCUCGCACGAAUAUAGAUGCCUACUCGGUAAGAUUGCGCCUCGGGACUCUAAGGUUUCAUUCCAUUCGACUGUUUAUGGGAAAUUGGUCCCAGGAAGCACCUUGGAUGCCUCCUACUGGGUGGACAAUCUGGUCUCCCGUGUGGAGUUUGUGGAGGGUCUGAAGAGCCUUAUCACCGAUGAGCAGGCAAAUACGCCAAUCACCACAUUAGUCGAAAUUGGCCCUCAUCCUGCGCUGCAGACACCCGUCAAAGACAUUGCGCAGAAAUACGCCCCAAAUUCCAACGUCCAUUAUCUUCAUACCUUGAAACGCAAGGUGGAUGACAUCGAGGCUGUCCAAAACCUAGCUGGCUCGCUGUUCACGCAGGGUCUGAAUCUCGACUUCCAAGCUAUCAACUUCCCGAACUUGAAAACAACGACGAGAAAGCCAGCUUUGUUGACAAAUCUGCCCAAAUAUCCAUGGAACCACUCGGAAAGAUACUGGUUUAGCUCACGGAUAGGUGAUAACCAUUUCCAUCCCCAAUUCCCUCGAAGUGAUAUCCUCGGCUCAUUGUGCAUGGAGAAUGUCGACUUUGAACCUAGGUGGAGGAACAUCAUUCGUGCAGAUGAUCACCCUUGGAUCCGCGAGCACAGAGUCCAUGACCGCACUGUGUAUCCAAUGACCGGAUUCUUGGCCAUGGCCAUGGAGGCUAUUUCACAACAUGCACAGCUGCACCAUGUCACUCCCGGAAAGAUCGAUAUCCGCGAUAUCUUCAUUAACCGUGUCCUCACUAUCCCGGAUAACUCAUCGGUGGAGACAAUUCUCACCUUGAAACCAUCCCGAUCGGAAGCCCCCAGCAAAUCAGUCCUCGGCUGGCACGAGUUCAAGGUUUUCUCAUGGGCCGAGGGUCGCGGAUGGGACCAACACUGCAAUGGUUUCAUCAUGGUGCAAGAAGCGAAGGAUGUUAAUCCUGUCGACGGGUCUCGACAGGAGCUCGAGAAGACAGCACGCUUCACUCAACAAGCAUUGAAUAUGCGAAGUUCUUGUAAUAUUCCUGUGCAUAUCGAUUUCCUCUACGAGAAUAUCGCCAACGGUGGUGUCAAUUACGGUCCUCUCUUCCAAGGACUAACCGAUGCCUCUGUGAGCAGGGAUGGCCAAGCACUGGCUACCUUACGCAUUCCAGACACGAAGGCAGCGAUGCCACAUGAGUAUGAGACCCCCUGCAUUCUGCAUCCUGUUACACUUGAUCUAUGCAGUCAAGUCAUGUGGCUGCUUCGUGGUUACGGCGAACCCGGGCCGCAAACCACCCAUGUGCCAUCGCAUGUCAAGCACAUCUCCGUUUCAUUGUCCCACGAAAUAAGUGCUGGUACUGUACUCCAACUCUAUGGUAGCGAGUCAGGAAACGAGUCCGCGAGCAACCCUGAGACAAACCGCAUAUUCGCCACUGUUCCCAGCAACCCGGCGAAUCUGCUCAUUGACAUCAAUGGUAUUACUUUGGUUCCGAUAUCGAAUGAUAUCAAAGGCUCAACGGACAAUUCGCCGGAUCAGAUUUGCUACAAGAUGCAAUAUGAGCCCUGCUUUGAUUUCCUCUCCGCCGAAGAUUAUCGACAGCUCCCUCGCCCCGAGACUGAUGUGUCCCAAGGCAUUGAGCGAAUGCAGCAACUCGAAUCUGUGGCAGAGUACUACCUUUCACAGAUGGUCAAGUCUGUGACAGAAGAUGAUUUGUCCACCUUCGAGCCCCAUCAUCGGCAAUUCUAUCGUUGGGCCCAGAAAACUUGCCAAAAUGCGGGCACCAAAGAUGGCUUGUCACUUGACGUCCUUGAACAAAGCCGAACCGUUAAUGGAGCAAGUGAGCUGGCGUUCAAAGUGGGAGAGUUGCUUCCAAAAAUCCUCAGGGGCGAGGUAGACGCCUUGAAUGUACUUCUGGAGGAUGAUGGAAUCGGAAGAUACUACAGUGACCUUGAUGCUCUUCGUGAGGCGUAUGCCAAUGCCUCUGUCUGCGUUGACAAGAUGGCACAUCAAAACCCAACACUCAACAUCAUUGAGAUUGGUGCUGGAACAGGCGGCGCCACCAUGCCUAUUUUGCAGAGUCUGGGCGGCGGCGAAGCAGGGUCGACGCCUCGGUUCGGGCACUACACUUAUACCGACAUCUCUCCCGGCUUCUUUGAAAAAGCCAAGACAAAGUUCGAGAGCUGGGGACAUCUCAUGACAUACCAGACACUAGAUGUGUCGGCUGAUCCCACUGGCCAAGGCUUCACCAAUGGCACAUAUGAUGUUGUAGUUGCUUGCAAUGUGCUGCAUGCUACUACCGACAUCAGUCAGGCGAUGGCAAACAUCCGAGGACUUCUGAAGCCCGGUGGCAAGGUUAUACUCAUUGAGGAAACUGUCCCUAGGGCACGCCACUUCCCAUUCGCACUCCUCCCUGGAUGGUGGCUGGCCAAUGACAAAUUCCGCACGGACGGACCGCUCCUCACCGUCGAAGGAUGGAGCAAUGUGAUGAAGGAGAAUGACUUCUCCGGGGUUGACCUGUGUGUCGAGGAGUACCCUGGAGCAUCUUUCCAAUCUGGUUGUCUCAUGACAUCCACUGCUAAUAUCCCAAUAACCGGUCCCGCAAACGCCGGUGAUGUUGUGAUUCUUGGCGUUGACUCGAUCGGCACUUUUUCGUCGCUCAGUCUCGAAUCUGGUCUCAAGGAGAUGACUGGGAUUGACCCCAUCACGGCUGUUAACUCUGAUGAGGUUGAUGUUACCGGAAAAUGGUGUAUUUUCCUUGGGGGAAUGGAUCGCUCGAUCCUAUCGCAUCUCACCCAAGAAAAAUUCAACGCAUUGCAGCGUCUUCUGAGCCGGGCUCGGGGUCUACUGUGGGUUGUUCGUCAUAGCAAAUCUGAUUUGGAAUCGCUUGGUGCGAACAUGGCAAUUGGAUUGGCUCGCACUGUGAGAUCAGAGACUGGGCUCCAAUUCGCCACGCUUGACCUGGGAGAGCGGGAGAACAUGCCCGACGCUGAGGCAGUGAACCAUAUGCUCAAGGUAUUUAACGGAGUCUUUUGUCGGAAAUCGCAGCUGGCCCAGAAUGACUGGGAGUUUGUUGUCCGAAAUGACAAUGUUUGUGUGCCCCGCUUGGUUGACAACAACACAUUGAACCUUAGUGUCCAGCAAGAGACACCAAAUGCCCCUCCCCAGAUGCAGCCUUUCAAACAAGAUCGGGCUUUGCGACUUGCUGCCGGAGACGGGAGGGGUCUUGAUGAGCUUUACUUCACAGACGAUGUUUCCCGCAACGGAGCACUGCCGGAAGACCACAUUGAGAUCCAGGUUCACAGCACCGGUCUCAACUUCAGAGAUGUCUUGAUGGCCAUGGGCCAGCUUCAAGGUGAAAGACUCGGACAGGAAUGUAGUGGAGUCGUGACUCAAGUGGGAGCCGCGGUGUCCGACUUCAAAAUCGGAGAUCGAGUCUGUGCAAUGUCACCAGGUUCAUUGUCAACUUUCACUCGCUGUCCGGCCUCUGGAUCCUUGCUUAUUCCUGACGACAUGUCAUUCGAGACCGCAGCUUCGAUUCCAGCUGUGUUUUGUACUGCCUUCUAUUCUCUCAUUGACUUGGGGAGACUGAGCAAAGAUGAGAGCGUCCUGAUCCACGCCGCUGCAGGAGGAGUUGGCCAAGCGGCAAUAAUCAUUGCUCAAAGCGUUGGAGCUAAUAUCUUCGCAACCGUUGGCAGCCUCGAAAAGAAAAACUUCCUUAUGGAAACUUACCAGCUCAAAGAGGAUCAUAUCUUCUUCAGUCGUGACAUGUCAUUUGCGCAGGGUAUUCAACACGCCACUGGUGGUCAGGGUGUGGAUGUUGCUCUCAACUCGCUUAGCGGUGACGCUUUGCAAGCAACAUUUGAGUGUGUCGCGCCAUUUGGUCGUUUCAUUGAACUGGGCAAGCGGGACAUCACGACAAACUCUCGAUUGGAGAUGUCUCACUUUAACAAGAACAUCUCCUUCGCAUCUGUCGAUCUGGGAAUGGUCAGAGAGAAGCGUCCGCAAUUGACGAAGCGGCUGCUGCGUGAUGCGUUCAAGCUGUUUGUUGACACCAACGCCCAAUCAAAGUGGUCUAUCACUACUCUUCCUAUCUCAGACGUCGAGAUUGGAUUCCGUGCGCUGCAGGGUGGACAGGUGAUCGGCAAGAUAGUCGUCCAGGUCACGGAUGACUCCAUGGUUAAGGUCUAUCCCGCUAGAAGAGACGAAAAUCUUCUCCGCGCGGACGCUUCAUAUAUCAUCGUUGGUGGGACCGGUGGGAUUGGCCUCGACAUUGCCAGCUGGCUGCCAGAGAGGGGAGCCAAGAAUCUUAUCCUGGUUUCUCGAAGUGGUAUUAAGACUGAAAAGGCCGAGCAAACUGUUCAGAAUCUUAUCCGCCAGGGUGUUAAUGUGGAAGUCUGUCGCUGCGAUGUGGCGGACCAUCAGAGCGUGGAGCAAGAUCUUGUUCCGCUCCUCGCUCGCAUGCCUCCCGCUCGUGGUGUUGUAUACGGCGCUAUGGUUCUCCGGGAUACGCUCUUCGAAAAGCUCAGUUUCGCGGACUACCAGACGGUGAUGAUGCCCAGAGUCCACGGAAUCUGGAACGUUCAACGGGCAUUGACAACAACUAAUGGUACCGUGGAUUUCUUCAUCAACCUAUCGUCCGCUGCUAGUUUUGUUGGCAAUAUGGGUCAAUCACCAUACGCAGCCAGUGGAACCUUCAUGGCUGCGCUCGCCCAGUACCCUGAGACAGCCAAGAUGCGCUGUUCCACAAUCGAUUUGCCCAUUGUCCGUGGAGUCGGAUAUCUCUCCGACGAUCAGAAGCGCGAGGCAAUCUCCAAACAAUUAGGCACAGAGUCCGUUGAUGCAUCUGAUAUCCGUGGUCUCGUAACGGCAGCAAUCCGCAACGAGUUCGACAUUUCAUGCGAGGGUCACUGCGUGGCUGGGUUUGAAGCAGUCAAAUCCACACCCGCCAGUGAACAGCCCUUCUGGGUAAACGAUACCAAGCUGUCGCACCUAUUGCGCCUCUCCACUCUCGCUGGCGCGGGUGCAUUGGUCGAGUCUGCACAGAGCGGUGCCGAGAUUUCACCGGCAGUUGUGAUCCGGCAAUCGAAGACCCGCGAAGGAGCCGAGGCCAUUGUUGGGGCUGCCGUGCUCAACAAAAUCUCUAGCAUUCUUAUGCGUCCGAUGGAAGACCUUGACCCUGCUGCGCCUAUCACGGUUUAUGGCUUGGAUUCGCUGGUCGCUAUCGAGAUCCGAAAUUGGAUCACCCGCGAGUUGGAAGCUAAUUUGCAGAUCCUUGAGAUUUUGACCAGUGAAUCUGUCCCGGCUCUUGCCGAGACGAUUCUCAAGAAAUCGGGUAUACUUACUUCAGACCUCAAGGUUGAGUGGGGUCUUGACAUGGCUGAAGGCAGAACCAGCCAAGAAUGA